AUGGAAGUUCGUUUAGUGCAUGACCAAAAAUUGUUAAAAGAGAGCAUGAUGGCGCUAGUAUCUCAUUUGCAGAAUCCCAAGAAUGGCCUUCCUGCUUCGAUUUUCAAUAUCAUUACAACUUCAACUAAUUCAAAAGAGACAAGUUCUGCUAGUCUGAUGAAUAACAAUUGGGAAGAUUUACAUGGAAAGCAAAACCAAGAAUCACAGAUGCAAAAAGAAUUUGAUAACUUGAAAGAUAUCUUGACUUUUGAGAAGCAAAACUUAGAAAUGGCUAUUUAUGAUUGUGAUAAAUUCAGUUCAUUGUGCAAUGAAAAAGAUGUAGAGCUUAAGGCUGCCCUAUCAGAGAAGCGAAGCAUAGAGAUGCGGCUUCCAAAGUUGAGUUCUCAAGGUUCAAAGAAAACUAUUCCGAAAGAGUUGGUUGACGCAAAUAAUCAGGUCUUUGAAAAGAUCCAUGAAGAGUUGAAAGCUCGUUCUAUGUUGCGUACCGCAGAAGAAACAAAAAAGAGGCAUUUGAGUGAAAAAUCAUCACUUGAGGCAAAAAUUGUUGAGCUGGAAUAGAAUAAAUCAA